AUGGCUAUAGUCACCGACGCGGCGAUACAGCAAUUCUACGCCAGCGCCAGGCGAUCUCAUUUGUACUAUGAAAUCGGUUUGGCCGCAGUUUCCUUGUGCCUCAACGGAUGGGUUGUAUAUCUUGUUUUUACAACGAAAAAUAGAGUGAUGAGAAGCUAUAGUUGGGUCAUCUUGAUGAGCAUGAUGGGCGAUUUGAUCUACACUGGGCUGAACUUUAUUACUAUGAUGGUAAGUGGAAUGUUAUAUAUAUAUAUAUAUAUAUCAGAAAUUUCCUCUAUAUCGACAUGGACGUAUUUUAAAAAUUUUGGCGAAGGCUUUACGUAAGCUUCUGAUAAAUAUAGGGAGUAUAAUGUACCGAUAGUUUUGAAAAAAUGUGAGCAUCGCGCGGUGUGGCAUAUCUGUCUGUCGGGAAAAUACUGAGCACAAUGUCGCUGGGCCAGUCGCGUCGCUGAACACUUUGAUUUUGCCGCGGCACAAUUCAUUUUUAGGCAUUUUUUUCGAUGCGACAAAGUGCUCAUCAUUUUCCCGACAGAUCGAUAUUAAAACUCUCAGCUAGUUUGUAAAACUAGUUAUCGGGCCGCGCCUAUUUGAAAUAAGCUAUAUUGAAAGGCCGUUUGAAAUACUAAGCUAUAGAAGAUGGGAAUUUGCAUAAGCUAAGUCCGUUUCCGCGUCCGAUGAAGUAUGCAAGUGAAACCUUCAUUCCAUUAAAGUCUUGUCCGUCAUAGUGUUGAAGUGGAGCUCAACGUUGAAGGGGUGUCGGGGGACGUUUAGACCACCGAUCGUUGGGGACAAAUACACACGCGAAAACACAAGUUUCUUUUAUUCACGUCUACGGGAACAACCGGAGAAGAUAAUGAGCUAAUUGAUGAUAAAGUGUUCCUUUUGUAUAACGCCGUUUAUGCUAAUUUCCGUGGGAAUUUCGGAGACCUUUUAGGCUCCACAACAGUGCUCACAAAAACCUUGGAUGGCUCGAUCUGUGAAAGAAGUAAAAUUUAUUUCACAUUACAGACCGUUGAAGUCAAAGGUGGAAAGCUCGUCUUUCUAACAAUGGGCCUCUUCGAGCACUAUGGUUAUCCCUACAACUUGAUCAUGGGCUGUUUGUGGCUUGCCGGCAUGUACACCACCAUUCUGACACUUGGAAUGCAGUUCAUUUACCGUUAUUUUGCGCUCUGUCGCAAUGGUCUAACUCCUUGGGAGUUCGGUUCAAUUUAUUGUGUAGGACUGAUAAUUUGUCUCUGCGACGGAUUUGUUGGGUUCUUCAUCUUUGACGGGAUAUCAUUGGAAGCGACAAAAUUGCUGCAAGAGCAUCCCAUGUACAAGGAGGACACUCCGGGAUAUGCGAUUUUGGAUCCGGUAAGCGGGAGGGCAUUGGCAACCAGUAGGGAGCCGACGUGAUCGGCGUGUAUUAUACAGGGUGUUUCAAGAAAUUUGGCAGAAACUAGUUGCGAAUAUUUUUGAGCUCUUGCUAGUUAUCGCAGAAAUUCUUUUUGUUUCUGAAACUUGACAGCGGGCGGUUUUGUACUGAACAAAAAAAAAAUUUUUUUCGUCGGCGGAGAGGCCAGUUCUCGGCGGAGGCAUUUGGGGCCUUUUUUAAAAAUCACACCUUAUUACAUCGUGGAAACUCUGUUACAGUGGCCAAAAUCAUGUUUACGUUAAACCUCCGUGGAUUUUGCGGUAUGCUUUUUUUUGCGUUUUCGAUUUUACGCAACAUCCGCGGAGGCGCGACGGAGACCGCAGAUUUCGGCGGACUUUGUUUUGGGCCCUCGGUUUUUGCAAAUCCAUGUUGAAAAAAAGGUUGGGGCGAUUUUUUGUUGUCAUCCGAUGCACAGAGGGCAAAAAUUUUGUACUUUUUUCCCCCGGCUGAGGAUUCGGCAGAGGCUUUCUCAAAGGGUCAAAACAAAAUUUUGACUCUUUUGAUAAAGCCUCCGCCGAAACCUCCGCCGAUGUGUCCGCCGGAUCAAAAAAUAAGAAAAAUGGUGUUGCUGUGAUGGAUUCUUGUAGCUGAGUUUUUUCCCGGACUCCUAAGACUGUUCCGACCCUUUGGUAAAGCCUCCGCCGAAUCCUCCGCCGGGGAAAAAAAGUGCGAAAUUUUUGCAUCUGUGCAUCGGGUGACAACAAAAAAUCACCCCACACUUUUUUCCAACCUGAAUUGAAUGAUCCAAAGGCUCAAAACGACGUCCGCCGAAACCUGAGGUCUCCGCCGUGCCUCCGCGGAUGAGCGAAAAUCGAAAACAAAAAAAGCAUACCGCAAAAUCCACGGAGGUUUAACGUAAACAUGAUUUUGGCCACUGCAACAGAGUUUCCACGAUGUAAUAAGGUGUGAUUUUUAAAAAAGGCCCCAAAUGCCUCCGCCGAGAACUGGCCUCUCCGCCGACGAAAAAAUUUUUUUUGUUCAGUACAAAACCGCCCGCUGUCAAAUUUUAGAAACAAAAAGAAUUUCUGCGAUAACUAGCAAGAGCUCAAAAAUAUUCGCAACUAGUUUCUGCCAAAUUUCUUGAAACACCCUGUAAUAGUAAAUAUUCUCAUAUCAGUCUGUCGGGAAAAUAAUGACCGCAGUGUCGUCGCGACGGUCGCGAAAAAAGUGAAACGCUUGGUGCAAAAUGAGCGCGGCGACAAAUGUCCAAGAACUUUGUGAAAAUACUACCAAUCUGUCGGAAAAAUAAUGAGCACGCUGUCGCAUUGAAAAGCGGCAAAAACAAAUUGUUUUUCGCUUUAGCAACACGACCGGGGGGCGUCGCGACACUUGCGGGCAACCACUUUGCGGGCAGAUUUCUUGCGGGCAGCCACUUUGCGGGCAAAAUUUGGAGGGUCACAUUUGCGGGCAGCUGAGACAUUUGCGGGCAGCAUGGGACACUUGCGGGCAACCGACACUUGCGGGCAGCCGACAUUUGCGGGCAACAGAAAAAAAGAGUCACACAGACUGUAUAGGAACUUUUGGAAAAAAAAAAUUUGCCCGCAAACUGGUUGCCCGCAAAGUGGUUGCCCGCAAGUGUGCGCUCGCCGACCGGGGCAGCGACAUUGCACUCAUAACAUUCCGACUGAAUAAAAGCAUGCCAAUUUCCAGACCAAACCAGCCGCGUUGGCUCAUACCUUCUGCAGUCAACUGAUAAUCGUGUUCGUGUAUGUGGUCAUCUACUUCACUGGAAAGAGAAUAAGUCGGAAAUUGAACGAUGCGGCGGGUGAUAUGAGCAGCUCAACAAAAGAUGCUCAGAAGCAGUUGAACAGAGUCAUGAUUCUGCAGGUAGGCGAUGCAUCUAAAUAUAAUAUGUAUUUACAUCGGGGAGUGCUUUAAGUGCGACGCUCAGAUUUUGAUAAAACUAUUAUACAUAACAACAAGUAAAAAUUUAGUAUAGUUUUUGCUAAGCCAUAUGCGAGACUUGAAGCUCGUGCUUUGCAAGAACUACCGGGAUUUUCGGGUCGAAUGAUGACAAAAAACGCCUGUUUUUUUGCUAUGUAAUUUUGGCAUGAAAAGAUCAAAGCCUGUUUCGUACGGCAGGAGGUAAUGCUUCCACAAAAAAUCAAUUUUUUACACACGAAACAGGCCCUUCUCUAUGACCCUUCUCCGCCUUUACAAAGUCGUAUGACCAACAACUGGGCUGUCUUUGACCACUCUCUGCGUUUGCCGUACUCUCUCGGUCUUAAAGAUCGUUGAAUAUCUCGGCAGCCUCUGCAAAGCGCCAGUUAAAAAUUUAAAGUUUUUAUAUGUAGCCUAUGCCUGCUAUGUGUUAAAAGUAUAAAGAAAAUCCGAGCGUCGCACUUGGUUCACUUCCCUUGUGAACUAUAAGAUACGAUCUUUCAAAAAUUUUUUCUAGGCCGCAUAUCCAGGACUCAUCGUGGCACUACCCAUUGUCAUUGCCACCGUAUUGGCGCAAUUCCGCUUCGACGUUCUUUGGUGCGGCAUGUACUUGGCACCUUCCAUAUCCCUAAUUCCUAUCGCUAAUUCGGUCACGAUACUCUUCUUUAUCCCUUCGUUCCGAAGACGGAUUUUGGGAGGGAUCCAGAGCCGGAUCCAGACCAAAUCCGUCUCGAAACUGGGCUCCACGGACGCGUCGAAGGGACAUACGGCGGAAGCUGGCAGUGGCGUCAGCCAUGCGUUCGAACAUGUUAUAUAG